AAAUGCUUAAUUUUCAAAAUAUAAUGAAUCUUGAGGAAUACAUUAAUUAUUUAGAAGAAAAAAAUAUAUCUGGAAUACUUAGCGAUCAAGAAAUUUUAAACCAAACCACACGUCCAGAACCUGAAUUGGUUGAAAGUGAUGGAGAAGAUGAUAGUAUAGAAUUGCCUCAAGUUACUCACAAAGAAGCAUUAGAUGCCAUACAUUUGGUUGAGUUAUAUCUUAUGCAGCAGGAUCUUAGUGAUGAAGUUCGG